AUGUCCGACGUCGAGGACGUGCGAGUCGGCGCGCGGGCGAAGAGCGUCCACGCGUUGGUCAUGCGCGCGCGAGCGAUCAUGCUCGAGCCUUCGUGCGCGAGAAAGGCGAAGAUGACGGCGAUGACGAAGCGAUGGUGGUCGUCUCUCGGAACGCGUGAAACGGCGAUCGAUGACGAUUCGAUGGGCGACGCGGACGUCCGGGGUGCUUUUCGUGGUCUAGAGAGUCGCGCGGAGUGCGCGAGCGUGGUGGAGGAACCGGCGCGGGAUGCGUUCGCGGGCGGCGUGGUGGAUCCUUCGAAGACCCGGAGGUUGGGAAACGGCGGCACGGACGCGUCGCGGACGGCGAUCUUACAUUCGCUUGCGAGCAUUGAAUCGUGGGCGAUGAUCUUGGCGUGGGAUUGUAUUCAACGAUUCGGUGAACAACGGGCGAUGCCGGUCGGGUUUUACGACGAUUUCGUAGAUUUGGCGUCGGAUGAGGGACGACACUUUGAGCUGUUGGCGAAGCGGUUGGAGGAGCGCGGAUUGGAACGUUACGGGGAGCUGGAGGCGCACGAUGGGUUGUGGAGGACGGCGAGGGAGACGGCACACUCACUCGAGGCGCGAUUGGUCGUCGAGCACUGCGUGCACGAAGCCAGAGGCUUGGACGUGCUGCCGACGACGAUAAUGAAAUUUAGGCGAAACGGCGAUGAGCCUUCGGCGACGCUCUUAGAGAACGUCGUGUACCCGGAAGAGAUCACGCACUGCGCCUCGGGUUUGCGAUGGUUUAAGUAUUUGCACGCGCGAGACGGCGGUGGGGAUGCGACGGAGGAGUACUCGGAGUCGAGCUCGGCGGUGAGCGCGUUUCACGAAAUUGUCCGAUCGCACUUUAGAGGCGCGCUCAAGCCGCCGUUCAACGACGAAGCACGCGCGAAGGCUGGUUUCACCCCGGUGUGGUACGAACCGCUCGCCGUGAAACCGUUCGUCGUUGACAAGGCGUAG